AUGUCCUCAAACAAUCGUAAGAAACUUCUACUGAUGGGCCGUUCAGGCUCCGGUAAAUCCUCGAUGAGAUCCAUCAUUUUUAGCAACUAUUCAGCAUUCGACACCAGACGACUUGGAGCUACUAUAGACGUGGAACAUUCACAUUUGAGGUUUUUGGGAAAUAUGACACUCAACCUGUGGGAUUGUGGGGGUCAAGACGUGUUUAUGGAUAACUAUUUCUCUCAACAGAAGGAUCAUAUUUUUCAAAUGGUUCAGGUCCUUAUCCAUGUUUUCGACGUUGAGUCGCAAGAGGUGAUUAAAGACAUCGAAAUUUUCACUAAGGCGUUGAACCAGCUCAAAAAGUACUCUCCGGAUGCCAAGAUAUUUGUCUUACUGCACAAGAUGGACCUCGUGCAGCGAGACAAGAGACAAGAGCUUUUCCAAAUUAUGAUGAGCAAACUACAGGAAACGUCCGCAGCGUACGGGUUCCCAGAGCUCGUUGGUUUCCCAACGUCCAUCUGGGAUGAAAGUCUCUACAAGGCAUGGUCGCAAAUAAUAUGUUCGCUGAUUCCAAACAUGGCAACGUACCAGGUGAAUUUGAAGAAAUUGAAAGCGGUAAUGGACGCAAGAGAAAUCAUCCUAUUUGAGCGGGCCACAUUUCUGGUAAUAUGCUCCAGCAAUACCACCAGCGGUGAACUCUUAGAUCCCAAGCGCUUUGAGAAGAUUUCCAACAUCAUGAAGAAUUUCAAACAAAGUAGCAUGAAACUCAAGAGCUCUUUCAGAACGUUGGUUCUCGACAACACGAUUUUUGUUAGCGAACUUUCAUCUAAUAUGAUGUGCUUCAUAGUGCUGAACAAAUCAGACAGCCCGCAGGAACUAAUACUGGAAAACAUAAGAAAGGCAAGGAUUCAUUUUCAAUAG